CCUGCAAUUUUUAUUCAAGUUAUCAAGAAUAACAAAAGAAAAAGAAGUAAUAAAAUAACUUCAAAAUAAUAUGGUAUAUCUUACAGGCCAUAGAUAGAUUGGGUAGACAGCAAAUGAAGCAGGAGUGUGAUCAUUUGAAAACCAGACCUCUAGAUCAGACCAACCAAGAAAUAAUGAUAGACAUCAAACGUUCCAACAAUGAAAUCCGGGAACUAAAAGAAUCAUUUGAAAGUCUGAUAAAAUCUCAUGAACUACUACAAGAACACCAUACAGAAGUAAAGAAAUCCCAUGAGAUAUUAAAGGAUGACCAUAGGAAAGUAACAAAAGAAAUGGAAACAAUAAAGACUUCACAAAAGGAUACUGUACCAUGGAAUAUAAGAGCAAGAAUUAAUGAUACAUUUAAAGAAUGGAAGGACAAUGAUGAUACGAUGUUUAUAAAUACAAGAGCUGCCCAGUAUGUACUCAAAUGUAUAAAGGAAAACAGUUGUGUAACUAUAACGGCUAGUUCUGGUGUAGGAAAGACAGCAACACUCCGACACGUGGCUUUACGGAUGGUAGAAGAAGGAUAUGAUGUACUUAUAGUCACAGAGCCAGGUGACAUUCUGAGGUUUUACAAUCCAAAUAAGAAAAUUUUGUUUGUUGUUGAUGAUUUUUGUGGAAACUUUUCACUUGACCAGAGUGACAUAAAAAGUUGGGAACCAAUCAUGGAGGAUAUAAAACAAAAUCUUAAUCAAAAACAAACAAAAAUACUUGCAGCAUGUCGGUUACAAGUGUACCAAGAUGAUAAGUUUGAUUCUUUAUCAGUUUUUAAGUCAUGUGUAUGCAACAUGUUAUCAAGGAACAUUUGCUUGUUAAAAAAUGAAAAAAAAUCAAUAGCUAAGUUGUAUCUCAAAGCAAAAGCCUCCGAGAUAAGUGACUUUUAUGAUCUUUAUGACUGUUUUCCUCUUUUAUGUAAAUUUUACCAUGAUAAUCCUGAACUUAUUAUUACAGAUUUCUUUCAGAAUCCGUAUUCAAUUUAUGAAGCAGAGAUUAAUAAGUUUCUGAAGAAAGGGCUUCACGCUAAAUACUGUGCUUUGGCUUUAUGUGUCAUGUUUAACAACAAAUUAAAGGAAGAAAUAUUUAUAGAAGAGAUAAAUAAAGAAACCAGGACUAUUAUAGAGAACACAUGUGAGGCAUGCAGAUUAGACAGGGGAACAUCACGACUUGUAUUACAGGAUGAACUAGAAUCACUCACACAUACAUAUAUAAAGAAAGAACAAAACAAGUACAAAAUUUUACAUGAUAAAAUAUUUGACUUUUUUGCUAAGAUCUUUGGACAAAAAAUAAUCUGUUGUUUGAUAAAGAAUGCAGACAGUGGUUUAAUCAAGGAACGAUUUGUAAUAGAAAGAAAGGACGACAUGGAUCAGUUUAUCACUAUUAUACCUACAAAAUAUCAUCUGAUGUACAUACAGAGAUUGAUUGAUGACUGGUCAAAUGGAAAAAUUCAAGAUGUAUUCAGUAACAUAAAUAUGAAGAUGCCUCUGUUCACACAGAAAUUUCUCUGCUAUUUUUAUACACUAGAUAUAUCUUACCAGAGACGACUGGCAAACAUAUGUACAAAUAAUAAUCAGACACCAAUAAUGAUUGCUUGUAAUCAUGGUCACACAGAAAUGGUAAAGAUGUUGUUAGAGAGAGGAGCAGAAUCUGAUCAUAAUUGUUCGUCUCUCGUCUUGAAGGCUUGUCAACGUGGUUAUACAGAAAUAUUAAUGAUUUUGUUAGACAAAGGAGCACACUGUAAUGCAUGUGACUCGAUGGGUCAUUCACUUGUAAUGAAGGCUUGUGAAUAUGGUCAUAGAGAAAUAGUGAAAUUGUUGUUAGACAAAGGAGCAGACUGUAAUAAAUGUGAUGAUCAAGGUAAUUCUACUUUAAUAUAUGCUUUUGGAGAUGGUCAUAUAGAAAUAGUAAAGUUGUUGUUAGACAGAGGAGCAGACAGUCAUAAAUGUAACAGGAGGGGUCAAUCUCCUGUUAUGAAGGCUUGUGAUUAUGGUCAUAUAGAAAUAGUGAAAUUGUUGUUAGACAGAGGAGCAGACUGUAAUAUAUGUGAUGAUGACGGUAAUUCACCUGUAAUGUAUGCUUUUGGAGAUGAUCAUAUAGAAAUAGUAAAGUUGUUGUUAGACAGAGGAGCAGACUGUAACAAAUGUGACAGGUGGGGUCAGACACCUGUAAUGAAGGCUUGUAAACAAAGUCAUAUAGAAAGCGUAAAGAUGCUGUUAGACAGAGGAGCAGACUGUAAUAAAAGUAACAGAUUGGGUCAGUCACCUUUGAUGAAGGCUUGUGAACUUGGUCAUACAGUAAUAGUAAAGUUGUUGUUAGACAAAGGUGCAGACUACAAUAAAUGUGAUGAUGAUGGUAAUUCGCCAGUAAUGUGUGCUGUUGGAGAUGGUCAUAUAGAAAUAGUCAAGUUGUUGUUAGACAGAGGUGCAAACAGUAAUAAAUUAAACAAGUUGGAUCAAUCACCUGUAAUGAAGGCUUGUGAUCAUGGUCAUACAGAAAUGGUAAAUUUGUUGUUAGACAGAGGAGCAGACUUUAAUACAUGUUGUUAUGAUGGUUCGUCACUUGUCUUGCAGGCUUGUAAGCGUAGUUAUAUAGAACUAGUAAAAAUGCUGUUAGACAGAGGAGCAGACUUUAAUAAAUGUGACAGGUUGGAUCAGUCACCUGUAAUGGAGGCUUGUGAACAUGGUCAUACAGAAAUGGUAAGGUGUUGUUAGACAGAGGAGAAGACUUUAAUACAUGUUAUUAUGAUGGUUCGUCACUUGUCUUGCAGGCUUGUAAACGUGGUUAUAUAGAAAUAGUAAAGUUGUUGUUAUACAAAGGCGCAGACUACAAUAAAUGUGACAGGUGGGGUGAGUCACUUGUAAUGAAGGCUUGUAAACAUGGUCAUACAGAAAUAGUAAAGAUGUUGUUAGACAGAGGAGCAGACUACAAUAAAUGUGAUGAAGAUGACAGAUCACCUUUAAU